CAUUUCCUUCUUUUCUCUUCCCGGAAGUCGUCCCCUCAGCACUCUUUGGACCGUGACGAGCCGGCGCCGGAGCCAGAUUCUUAAAUCCUGAGGUCUGCCAGGCCAAGACUCCUCGUUUACAACAAGAGGGAGCAUUGUGGACUGGAAGGAGAGCAUGGCCCCUGUGGUCCUCAUCGCCAGGAUUCCCCAGGAAUGGGUGACAUUCAAGGAUGUGGCUGUGGAUUUCACUCCGGAGGAGUGGGGGCACCUCAAUCUCUCUCAGAAGGAGCUGUACAGGGACGUGAUGCUGGAGAACUUUAGGAACCUGCUCUGUCUGGGGCUUGCUGUGUCUAAACCAGAUGUGAUCUCCCAGCUGGAGCGAGGGGAAGCACCUUGGAUGGCAGGGGGAGAAGGCCCAAGAUGCAGGUGUGCAGAUUUGAAAACAAUACCUGAAAACAAAGAGUCAUCUCCAAAGUUGGGCAUUUGUACAGAAAAAUCAUCCCAGAAAACAGUUACAAAGCAUUGCCUUUGGGUACCCAAAGUUGAAGAAGCCUGGCAGUGUGAUGCCUGGUUGGAAGAGAAGCAGAGAAAUGAAAAGAAACAUCUUCAGCAAUUCAAGGUCAACACAAGGAAUCCUCCCAAUAAAAAAAGAGGCCAGGAAUGUAAUAAAUGUGGGCAACACUUCAGUCUAGGGCCAAUCCUUUUUCCACAGAGAAUUUCUGUGGAAAAGAUUCUCUAUCAGUGUGAUGUGUCCAGAAAGAGUUUUGGUUUGUAUUCAGAGCUGAAUAAAAGUCACCAAAUCUGUUCAAAGAAGAGUGUUUGUAAGCACGACAAACUUGGGAAAUCCUCCACUUGUGACUCUGACUUUACUGAGUAUUAUCAGCUAAACCCUGGAGACAAAGCUUAUGAAUGCAAUGAAAACGGGGAAGCCUUUUACAGUAGCUCCUCUAUAAUUUCUCUUCAGGCAGUGCAGGCUGGAGAGAAACUGUAUGAAUGUGAUGAAUGUGGGAAAGCCUUUGGUCGGAGUACACAUCUUAUUCGACAUCAAACAAUUCAUACUGGAGAGAAACCAUUCAGAUGUAAUGAAUGUGGGAAGACCUUCCGACAGAGUGCACAACUUACCCGACAUCAGAUAAUUCAUACUGGAGAGAAACCGUAUAGAUGCAGUGAGUGUGGGAAGGCCUUCAAACACAGCUCAUCCCUUGCUUCUCAUCAUAGAAUUCAUAGUGGGGAGAAACCUUAUGAGUGUAAUGAAUGUGGGAAGACCUUCCGUGAGAGCUCACACCUUACACGACAUCAGAGAAUUCAUACUGGAGAGAAACCUUAUCAGUGUAAAGAAUGUGGGAAGGCCUUUAGCCGGAGCACUGAACUUACUCGACAUCUGACAGUUCACACAGGAGAGAAACCUUUUGAAUGCAGUGAAUGUGGGAAGGCCUUUCCCCAGAGGACACAACUUACCCAGCACCAGAGGAUUCAUACUGGGGAGAAACCAUAUGAAUGUAAUGAGUGUGGAAAGGCCUUUUGUCUGAGCUUACAACUUAACCGACAUCAGAGAAUCCAUACUGGAGAGAAACAUUAUGAAUGCAAUGAAUGUGGAAAGGCCUUUAACUACAGUUCGUCUCUUUCUUACCAUCGCAGAAAUCAUACCAGUGAGAAACCAUAUGAAUGUAGUGACUGUGGGAAGGCCUUCAAUCGCAGCUCAUCCCUUGCUUCUCACCAGCGAAUUCAUACUGGAGAGAAACCUUAUGAAUGUAACAAAUGUGGGAAGGCCUUCUGCCAGAGCACACAGCUUACUCGCCAUCAGAGAAUUCAUAUUGGGGAAAACCCUCAUGAGUGUAAUAAAUGUGGAAGGACUUUUAGCCAGCACAUACAACUUAGUGAGCACCAGAGCAUUCAUGUUGGAGACAAACCUUAUGAAUGUACUAAGUGAGGGUUGGUCUUUGGCAAAAGCAAAUAUCUUUCCCAACAUUUUAGAUACUUCAUACUAGAAAGAGGAACUUUACAAAUAAACUAUGUGCAAGACUCUUCUUCAUCCAGAGCACAGAACUUAAUACAUUAUUUCAGAGGAUUUAUGAAUAAAGCCUUACAAAGUCCAUGUUUCCCCCAGAUCCACAUAAAAUCCCACUACUUCCUCAGUCUAUCUUAGUCACAAAACAGUCAGUUUGGUCUUUCCACUUGCAAGGAGUAAAUGCUCUGCUCUUCUCAGGGAUAUGCUCACCAAAAUUAGUCAACAUGUAGUAGGAAGGUAAUGUUUUGGGUUGGAGUCUGAAAUGUAUUAUGUGUAUAAUAUAUGAAUAAAGGAAUAUAAUGUUA